AUGAGCUCAGCCACCGUAAACGGCGGAGAGACCGCUGCCGGAAUGGAUAUUGAAACAGCUGCUGUCCACCCGCCUCCACCCGCUGCAACGAACACCGUACCCUUCGCCCAAAAGCCCAACUUUAAGCCCCUAAAAGCUCACGAAAUCUCCGACGGACAAAUCCAGUUCCGCAAAGUCCUCGUUCCGCCUCAUCGCUACACCCCACUGAAGAAAGCCUGGAUGGAAAUCUAUACGCCUAUCUAUGAACACAUGAAAAUUGAUAUCCGGAUGAACCUCAAGGCCCGACGGGUUGAAUUGAAGACCCGGCAAGACACUCCCGAUGUUAGCAACCUCCAGAAAUGUGCAGACUUUGUGCACGCUUUCAUGCUCGGAUUUGAUGUAAUCGAUGCUGUGGCAUUGCUUCGAUUGGACGAGCUUUAUGUUGAAUCUUUCGAGAUUAAGGAUGUGAAGACUCUGAGAGGGGAGCAUUUGUCCCGGGCGAUUGGGAGGUUGAGCGGUAAGGGAGGGAAAACCAAGUUUGCAAUCGAGAAUGCAACCAAGACGAGGAUUGUAAUUGCUGAUACCAAGAUUCAUAUACUCGGCUCCUUUUCUAAUAUUAAGGUGGCAAGAGACUCUCUCUGCAGUUUAAUUUUAGGAUCGCCUGCAGGGAAGGUUUACUCUAAGCUGAGGGCGGUGUCUGCACGCCUGGCAGAAAGGUUUUGA